CGCUCCUAUUGGCCAAAGGCAACGCACGAAAUUCUCCAUUUAUGGGUUGUUUUCCUCUUUGAUUCCGUCAACCAGCGGCCACAAAGUUGAACUUUGUAGAGCAGACGCUCACUGCAGUACGGGCAGUGCGCUCGAGCGGUUUACCGGCGCGGUGUACACUAUUAUGGAGCGGCGACACUGGUCCUGAGGAGACGUUUAACAGCACCAGAGGCCAAAAGAGACCGUGACAUUACCCAGACACUUUUAAUAGGCUUAUUUUGUUUUAAUAACCAGUUGCAGAACGGAUUAUAUCAGAAGAUCGGCUGCGCUGUGAUAAACGAAUAAAAAUGGGGAGCCGGGGACACUACCGGUACCACUGGCAAAGCCACAAUGUCAAGCAGAGUGGUGUGGAUGAUAUGGUGUUGCUCUCCAAGAUCAAUGAGGACGCCAUUGUGGAAAACCUCAAGAAGAGAUAUAUGGAUGACUUUAUUUUUACAUACAUCGGUCCUGUACUCAUCUCAGUGAACCCUUUCAAACAAAUGCCUUACUUUGGGGAGAAAGAAAUAGAGAUGUACCAAGGCGCGGCUCAGUAUGAGAACCCUCCUCAUAUCUACGCUCUAGCCGAUAACAUGUAUAGAAACAUGAUGAUUGAUCGUGAGAACCAGUGUGUCAUUAUCAGGUGGAUGUACGAGACACAAAGCACAAGUGCUUUUGUAACCUGUGCUUCCUGCUUGAGCACAGGAAAUGCUCUUCAUGUCAAAGACAUCAUUCUACAGUCCAACCCUCUUUUGGAGGCCUUCGGGAAUGCUAAGACAGUGAGGAACAACAACUCCAGUCGAUUUGGGAAAUACGUUGAGAUUCAGUUCAGUUCCGGCGGUGAGCCAGAUGGUGGGAAAAUCUCCAACUUCCUUUUGGAAAAAUCACGUGUGGUGAUGCGGAAUCCUGGAGAGAGGAGCUUCCACAUCUUCUACCAGCUAAUAGAGGGAGCCAAUGGAGACCAGAAAAGUAGUCUGGGUAUCACCAAACUGGAUUACUACUCUUACCUCAACCAGUCAGGUUCCUACAAGGUUGACGAUAUUAAUGACAAGCACGACUUCCAGGAAACCUUGCAUGCCAUGGACGUGAUAGGUAUCUCAGGGAUGGACCGCACCCUGGUACUGCAGAUUGUGGCAGGAAUUCUUCACCUUGGGAACAUCGGCUUCAAGGAAGCAGGGAAUUAUGCUGCUGUAGAAAAUGACGAGUUUCUGGCAUUUCCUGCCUUCCUGUUGGGCAUCGAUCAGCAUCGUCUUAAAGAAAAACUCACCAGCCGUAAGAUAGAUGGCAAGUGGGGGGGCAAGUCCGAGUCUAUAGACGUAACUCUGAAUGUGGAACAGGCGUGUUUCACACGUGACGCUCUCUCCAAAGCCCUGCACGCUCGUGUUUUUGACUACCUGGUGGAGUCGAUCAAUAAAGCCAUGGUUAAGGACCAUCAGGAGCUGAACAUUGGAGUAUUGGAUAUUUAUGGCUUUGAGAUAUUUCAGAAAAAUGGAUUUGAACAGUUCUGUAUCAACUUUGUGAAUGAAAAGCUGCAGCAGAUUUUCAUUGAGCUGACUCUGAAAGCUGAGCAGGAAGAGUAUGUGCAGGAAGGAAUCCGAUGGACUCCCAUAGAGUACUUCAACAAUAAGAUUGUCUGUGACCUCAUUGAGAGUAAAGUAGUGUCUUAUGAUGCAGAGGGUUUCUGUGAGAGGAACAGGGACGUGCUGUUCACUGACCUGAUCGAGCUGAUGCAGAGCAGUGAAAUACCUUUCAUCCGUGCCCUGUUCCCAGAAAACCUCAAUGCUGAGAAAAAAGGCAGACCCACUACAGCAGGGAGUAAAAUCAAGAAACAAGCCAAUGAUCUGGUGAGCACCCUGAUGAAAUGUACACCUCACUACAUCCGCUGUAUCAAACCCAAUGAGACCAAGAAACCUAAAGACUGGGAGGAGAGCCGAGUGAAGCACCAGGUGGAGUAUCUGGGUCUGAAGGAGAAUAUAAGAGUAAGACGUGCCGGCUAUGCUUACAGAAGAGUCUUCCGCAAGUUUUUGAACAGAUAUGCCAUUUUGACGAAGGAGUCAUGGCCGACGUGGCGUGGGGAUGAGAGGCAGGGUGUGCUGCACCUCCUGCGCUCCGUAAACAUGGACCAAGACCAGUAUCAGCUCGGACAUACCAAAAUCUUCAUCAAAGCCCCUGAGUCGCUCUUCCUGCUGGAGGAGACAAGAGAGCGCAAAUUUGAUGGUUAUGCCAGAGCCAUUCAGACUGCCUGGAGGAAAUAUUGUGCACGCAAGAAAUAUGUUCAGAUGAGAGAGGAGGCCUCUGAUCUGCUGCUGAACAGGAAGGAGAGAAGAAGGCACAGCUUGGAUAGGAACUUUGUGGGAGAUUACUUAGGUAUGGAUGACCGGCCUGAGCUCAGGCAGUUUGUGGGCAAGAGGGAGAAGAUCGAUUUUGCAGACAAAGUCAACAAAUUCGACAGGCGGUUUAAGAGCAUCAAGAGAGACCUGAUCCUCACCCCUAAAUCCGUCUACCUGAUUGGAAGAGAAAAAGUGAAGCAGGGGCCAGAGAAAGGAAUGGUGAAAGAGGUCCUGAAGCGCAAAAUUGACGUAGAGAAGAUAAUGGCUGUUUCUUUAAGCACAAUGCAGGAUGACUUCAUGAUCCUGCACGAGGAGGAGUAUGACAGCCUGCUGGAGUGUGUAUUCAAGACGGAGGUCAUCAGUUUACUGGCACGCCGAUACGAAGAGAGAACACAGAAAAAGCUACCUCUCAAAUUUAGCACCACGCUUGAAAUGAAACUGAAGAAAGAAGGUUGGGGACCCUGGAAUGCCGGAGGGGCCAGACAAGUGCAGUUCAUCCAAGGUCAAGGGGAUGUAGCUGUGCUGCGACCCUCAAACAAAAUGCUGCAGGUCAGCAUUGGACCGGGUUUGCCCAAAAAUUCACGUCCUACUAAGAAGGGCAUCACUCAAAGCCGUCCCAGCAUGUCCAGGACGCACCACCACACCCCAACACGAGUCGCACCCGGCCCUCCAGUUGCUCACCAGAAUGGAGGGCUGAAGAACGCAAAUCAUACUGUCAAUCAGAGAAAUUCGCAACAUCACAGCAAUCAGAGGCCGACACCUGGAAACACGGCCCGUCCGUUCCUGCCUACUAAUGUCAGUCAGCUCAAGGACAGAGGCAGCAGACAGGCACCCCAGCAAACCAACCUGGAUUUCCUCAAAGUACCAGACCAAGGGGCCGCAGGCAGAAAUCGGCAACCAUCUGACAAUGGAGGAAUGGCCCACAGACAGUCCACAAACAGGCCCACUCCAGGAGGUGGCCGUCCCAAACCAGCCCCCAAGCCGAAGCCCCAGGUGCCUCAGUGUAAAGCUCUUUAUGCCUACGAUGCCCAAGACACAGAUGAGCUCAGUUUCAAUGCAGAUGACAUCAUUGACAUCAUUAAGGAAGAUGCCUCUGGAUGGUGGACAGGGAGGCUGAGAGGUAAACAAGGCCUUUUCCCAAACAACUACGUGACUAAGAUCUAAGCUCUUCUGCCGUUAAUGAGGGGACCAGACUUGAACCUCAGCGGACUUGUUAGAUGAAGAAGGACAAAAAAGAAGGGAAAACUGAGAUAAUGAAGGAAGGAGCGAGGUGUGCCGUGGCUGUGGUCAAACUCCUCGUAAGCUCUGUGUUCUGGUGCCACUUGAGGCCAUGUGGGCAGACGCCGGUCGGUCGGACACGAAACGUCUCCAGGGCACUGAAUACUGAACUGUCCCUGUGAGCACUGAUCAAAACUAUUUAUUGUAUUUAUAUUAUAGCAUUCUGCAGUUUAUUUCUGAUGUGGUUUGUUCAUCUGUCAUUGAUAUUUAAGGUAAUCUUAAUUCACUUGAAGAGAUGAAGUAGCCAUUUUAUGUGGGAACAGGUCUUUUAGAGUCACCUGCUGUUCAUAAUUUUUUUUCUCCAAUUUCUUGAAGUCAUGUCUAAAUCAAUGGUUUUAGUGGGGAAUGUUUUGCUGCUAAGGACCAUUUUACAUGUUAUUCCCUUUCAUCUUGUUAAGAGAAACCCUAAUGUAUAAAAUGCACUAUGGCUCUUGAAAACCAUGGUUUGUAUGCUUUUGAAGUUCAUCAUCUCAGAACAAUGCCGAAUGCGUCAUUGUGCAAAAGAUGCAAACAGUUAAAACUGUCUAAAUUUAAACUACAGUGGCAUUUCCAUGCAUCAAAGACAUAAUCAGCACAUUAUUACUGUAUAGUUAUGAAACGUUUUAUAAGUAUAUCAUACAAAUGUAGUGGUAAGAACAUCCACACCAACAUUCACCAAGGUACUAGUCAGUGAAGAAUCAGAGGCUGGAUCCAUGAAAAUCUUCUUUCGGUGGUUCUCAAGAUAAUGUUCCUAAGUGCAAUUCCUGAAAAAAAAUGUUAGGAAGUUCCCAUAUACUAUAAAAUUUUUUUAUUCUUUAGAAUAAAGUGACAGGUGGUGUCUGAUUGUAUACUAUUCUACUGAUGAGGCUGCCUUGUCUAAUACAAAUUCUAAAUGUUAUGCUAGUACAUCUUACCCUCAUUUCAUUUUAUGAUACAUUUAAAGUGAACUGGAUUAGACAAUUAUUAUAAAUGUUACUGUCAUCUGGAACUUUAUUUGGGGGACACCCAAUAAAUUAAACAUCUUAAUUUUGGGUACUUAAGUUAGAGGUUAUCCUAACUUCCAAGUUAUUUAUGGUGACUUAAGAACAUUCCUUUUAACUAUUUUGGAAAUACAUAUUAGUAACUGAAAGUUAGAAAAGUGCAGUUAAGAUGAAUGUUCUUAUUUUUUUGUGAAUACUUUCACUGUAAAGUUUACAUAGAUAUUGCUGGCAUUUUACAUCUGAAACUCAGACCAUUUUAGAAUGCAAGUGAGGUUGAUGACUUGUUUAAGAAGUAUAAUUAUUGGUUUAAUAGAUGCCCACUGGACCAUAGAAAAAUCAGUCUUGUUCACUAACCAUGCAUAGAAAAAUGUGAAUGUGAAAUUAACAUUCACAAAUGAUUCAAUAGCUUUCAUACUAAAAUUUAUAUAAAAUGUAGGAAUAAUUGAAACCAUAUAGCUGCUUAAAAAAAAUAAAAAUCACCUUUCCUUGUCACAAUUAUGGCCUCACAAAUGUGUCAAGAUGAAAUUUUACAGAUACUUCACCUUAACUGAUAUUUCAAUAAUUAGUGAAUGAGAACCAAUGCAUUGAAAGCUUGUCCUUUUCUUCAUUUUGGAAUUAAACUGAAGGUUAUUAAAAAACACACGUGCAAUAUUGACAGCAGGUGAAAAGACUUUGGGUCUUUAGUCCAACAAGACUAACACGUCACAGUCAGUAUCAACACACAAGCCUGAAAGUGGUAUUAAAU